AACAGCUCAAGUUAGUUUCGGGGUUCCGGCCUCCGGGCGCCUACGGCUCUCGCGCGCUAAGUUGGUGCCCCCCGGACCCGGCGCCGCCAUGAAGAGGACGCGCGAGGAGGUGGACGCGACGCUGGAGAUCGCCAAGCUGAACCCCGACGAGCUGCUGCCGGCCGCGCACUGCCUGGGCUUUGGCCCGCGGGCCAGCGGCGCGGCGGCCGGCGACUUCUGCCUGCUGGAGCUGGAGCCCGCGCUGUGCCAGCACCUGGAGGCCGGGCACAGUCUUGUGAUUCGUGGUCAUAAAGACGAGCAGGCUGUGGUGUGCAGUAAAGACAAAACAUACGACCUGAAAAUAGCAGACACUUCCAAUAUGUUGCUUUUUAUUCCUGGUUGUAAAACUCCAGACCAGCUGAAGAUGGAAGAAACACAGGGUAACAUUAUUUACACUGAGAUCUUCGGUUUUUCUAACAAUUAUUGGGAAUUAAGAAGAUGUAGACCUAAAUUAAAGAAGCUAAGGAGACUUUUGAUGGAAAAUACCUAUGAAGGACCUGACAGUCAAAAAGAAAAGGAUUCAAAGUGCUCAAAGUAUACAACUGAAGAUUUGCUUGAUCAAAUUCAGGCAAGUGAGGAAGAAAUAAAGACCCAGUUACAAGCUCUAAAUGCCUGUGAGAUUGGAGGAUAUUGGAGAAUUCUGGAAUUUGAUUAUGAAAUGAAACUUCUCAAUCAUGUAACUCAGCUUGUGGAUUCAGAGUCUUGGUCUUUUGAUAAAGUUCCUUUGAAUGUGUGCCUUCAGGAGCUUGGACCACUGGAGCCAGAGGAAAUGAUCGAACACUGUCUUAAAUGUUAUGGAAAGAAAUAUAUAGAGGAAGGGGAAGUAUAUUUUGAAUUGAAUGCUGAUAAAAUAUGCAGAGCAACCGCACAUAUGUUACUUCAGAACGCAGUAAAAUUCAAUCUUGCUGAGUUUCAAGAAGUGUGGCAACAGAGUGUUCCUGAAGGAAUGAUAACUAAACUUGAUCAGCUUAAGGGUUUAGCAUUGGUAGAUAGACAAUCACGACCAGAAAUCAUAUUUUUGCUAAAAGUAGAUGAUUUACCUGAGGAUAACCAGGAACGUUUUAAUAGUCUAUUUUCUAUAAGGGAGAAGUGGACAGAAGAAGAUAUUGCUCCUUAUAUUCAGGAUUUGUGUGGAGAGAAGCAAACAAUAGGUGCAUUACUCACUAAAUAUUGCCGAUCUUCAAUGCAAAAUGGUAUUAAAGUUUAUAAUUCAAGAAGACCCAUUUCUUAAAAGAGCAAAUAUUUUCUUUGGGACUGAAGUUGCUUUAUAAAUUUUUUAUUUCUAAGACAAUGAUUCUUUUAUGUAUUUGUACUUAGCAUUUUUAUAUCACUUUUCCAUUUUUUAAAUGUAGCAGGAUACUUUUAUAUCAUACAGAUUAUGUUUUGUAUUGUGUAUGUAUGUCUGGAUUAUGUGCACAGUACAAAGACAAAAGAAAGUGUUAUUUCCUAUGUUUAAUGUAUCUUUGUAGUCCAUGAGGUUUUAUUUUAUUUAUAGAAAGUUUUACUUUUUUUUUUUAAAUUGCAUUUCUUUGGUAAGAAUAUGACAUUCUAGUCAUUAGUAUAUGUAAAGUUUUCGGAAAACUAUGAGUAACAGUUUCCUAAAGAAGAAUUAUUUAUUAGCUUAAAUGUCUUAUCUUGAGUUUCCCUUCACCUUCCAAGUUCCAUCGAAAUAGGAAGUCACUAGAUGCUGUCAUCUGAUGAGAACUAAUUUGUUCCCUAAACUAGCUGUUUGCUGUGAUGAAAAUUGGAUUGUUAGCUGCUCCAGUUUCCUGGUAGAAGUAAAUGAAAUGGAGUUGAUCCUACAAUCCUAUAUGAAGACUAUUAAUAGAACAGUUUAUAAUCCUAUAAUGGAGAAUAUUGAUAUGGGUAUUACUCACUAGGAAACUACAAGUAACUUCUAGCUGAUUUUGGAAUGCUUAAUAAAGUUCCUUUAUAGCCUUCUUUCCCUAACUUGUUUCACUUAGACCAAAUUUUAAUUCAGCUAAUGAAUUUAUCACAAGGACGUUUGGUAGUUCUGGCUCAGAGUUAAAAAAAAAAGUUAAUGGAUAAUCCACAAUUAAUCAGGAUUCAAUCACUGAAACUGACAACCGUUUUAUUCUCUGGCACACUAAAUGCAAAUACAUGCAUCAAAAUAUUUACCUUGUGUUUCAAUAAAUUUUUCUGCAUCUGUGUGUAUGGCUUAUUUUUAAAAUAAACACUGAGGCAGCAAUGCCUAGUGAGGAUUCUGGAGGUUGAGUUAGAUGACCUGGGGUCUACUCCUUCUGCAGUUUAAGUCACUGGGCUCCAAUGAGUUUAUACUAUCUGCUUACACAGAAAACUUGAGGGACAGCCCUCUUGGCUUUAUGCAACCCUGAUUUCCUGGCCCCCAGGCCCUGCUUCAUCCACCAAAUUUUGGGGUCGUAGCUCCUAAAUAGCAACAAUUCUCAGCCAUGGUGCUGGUA